GAUUACGCCGUAGUUGCGCAGUUUAAGUAAAGUAACACUACAGUCGAGUAAAAAUGCUGAACGUAUCAAAUCUAUUGUUUAUCGUGACGGUUUUUUCCACCUGCAAUUACGUGCGCGUUGUGGGGAUUUGUCGUUUGAGUAUCGAUUUGCCCUCGCCCUUAUUCUCAAGCAAUUUCGGAACUAAAGCUAUAGUCUUCAGAGCACAUGAAGAUGAGCUAACUUUGGAUGAUGGGGAAACUAUAACGGCCUACUGCAGUACUGGGGAAAUAAAAUUGGAAAGCAAAUACUACAGCAAUUAUAACUACGAAUCCAUUCCAUACCCAAAUGACUGGAAAGCUGCUCAUUUGGAAUGUUUGGACAACCAAAUUUCAUUAAAUGGAAACAUGUACACAUAUGUAAGAAUUUCUUGCACUGCUGAGCCCACACCAAUUCUUUACGAGAGCAAAACGAGUUUGCCGAAAUGUGAAGGCUUUACGACUUAUGCAAUCGGUUAUCAACUACCGCCACUUGGCGAUACUAUCACUGCAGCCAUCUGUUACGAUCUGAACAGGCUCAAAUUGAAAUACGUGACAUAUUUUGCAUAUCCGAAAAAUACUAAAGUAUCCGAUGCCCUGAAAGAUAACAAUUCAGCGAAAUGGGUAUCGGCAAGUCUCACUGUUAAAACCCGCGGCAUUCAUAACUAUUUCAAAUUUAUCAACACAGAUUCAAUUAAUAAGAAGAUCGUUAAUGAAUUUAGUGUCGAAAACAUAUUACAAGACGACGCCAUUAAGUACAAGCUUAACGGUUACGAACAUAUUUUAAGUACUAUCUGGUGGCGACAACUACGUGAAGAGAAUUGGCGCUACUUCCUCGAGGCGUUACGUCAGCGCACAGAGUCUGGCCAAUAUGCAUAUGUGGUUAGCGUGGGCGCCUAUGGCAAUAUCACCUUGCCAUCGGCACUAACUAACUGUCCUUCUUCAAGAGACGAGGUGUUCACUGUGCACACUGAAGACAUGAUGGUUGAGGCUCCCGCUUAUAUUUGGGCUUAUGUGCAAUCUCAAACAGGAACAAAGAGCGAAGAAGAUUUCGUGGUUAUCGCUCAUAAUUCCCCUUAUAUAAAAGACCCGGGACAUCAGCCGCUUUGUGAAUUCGACAUAUGUGACACAGUUGAUUGGUUGAAGGAAAGCAAAUUCGGCAAAUUGCGACAGUUACCAACACUCGGCUAUACAUUUUGCUGUCGUCCAGGAGAAGUGGCUAAUGUUAUCGACAAUUUCCCGUUGAAAACUAAAGUUGAAGUGAUCGAUAAUGAGGAAGGGACGACAAUAGAAACAGCCGACGAUGACGUACAAGAUGAAGAUUAUACAUUUAUUACAUAACUUUUGAUGGCACAACAUACAUGCCUAUAAAUAUAUAUAUAUAUACGUAUGUAUUGUAUAUACUCGCACAUUAGGCUGGUGAAGAGUUUUUUGGGAAAGAUAUGUAAAUAGAUAAGUUUCGAAAUUGGUGAAUAGCAAAUUUUUCUGCAUUUUAUAUUUCUCUUUAUACUUUGUAAUUUUUUUUUUUUGUUAUUAAUAACCAGCUAAAGCCAAAAUCGUAGACAAGUUUAAAGCCUCUUUAGUAGAGCGUAAUAAAUUACAAGAUUUAUUUUCAAAAGCUUACAGAAGUUCUUUAUAAAUAAAAAAAAAAAUAAAUAAAUAAAACCUUUGUAAUUUAAAAUAAAACACAAUAAAUGCAUAGUGUGAAGACAUAUAAUGUACACGUACAUAUGUACAAUAUAUAGAAAUCCAAAUAAAUGCAAAUUCAGCAUACUCAAA